CAGAUGUGAAGAGUGAUUCAUGUUUGGAUAUAGAAAUAACGUCCUCAACAUCAAAAGAGCGACUGACAGCACAAACUCUUUCAUGCAUCACCUGUGGAAAGACAUUCAGCUCACAGAGACAUUUAGAGAGACAUGAGAGAAAACACACAGAACAGAAACUCUUCACCAGAUCUGAGAUCAGCUUUACUACCUCACAAGAGAAGAAACUUCAUUCAGAAGACCACAGAGAGAAGAAGAAGAAGAAGAAGAAGAAGAAGGUGAAGAAGAGAAAGCAGUUUCACUGUGAGCAGUGUGGGAGGAUUUGUGUCUCUUCCUCUCAACUAAAUGUUCACAUGAGGACACACAGUGGUAAAAAGCCUUUCUACUGCAGUCAAUGUGGAAAAUACUUCAAAACCAAACUCAAUCUUAAAGUUCAUCAAAGACUUCAUACAGGUGAAAAACCUUACGUGUGUCCUCACUGUGAGAAGAGAUUUAGCUGUAAAUCUAAUCUGAAGACUCAUAUGCUUUUACACACCAAUGAGAGACCGUAUCAGUGCAGUGAAUGUGACAAAACCUUUAGGGAUUCAAGUUCAUUAAAAAAACACCAGAAUACUCACAUUAAAGAGAAACUCUAUCAGUGUUCACACUGUGAUAAACGUUUCUGUCAUAAAUAUCAGCUGAUAGUCCAUCAGAGAAUUCACACUGGAGAGAAACCUUAUUACUGUAGUCUCUGUGGGAAGAGUUUUAGUCUAAAGGCUACCUUACUAAAUCACAAGAGAAUUCAUACAGGUGAAAAACCUUACAAAUGCUCUCAGUGUGACAAGAUGUUUACUUAUUCGUCUAACUUAAAAGUCCAUCAGAGGGUUCACACUGGAGAGAAACCUUACGUCUGCACUCAAUGUGGAAAGCGCUUCUCUAAUUCAUCUCAAUUCAGAGUUCAUCAAAGAGUUCAUACUGGAAAGAAACCUCAUCACUGUAGUCUCUGUGGGAAGAGCUUCUUUAAUUUACCUCAAUUCAGAGUUCAUCAGAGAGUUCAUACUGGAGAGAAACCUUAUCACUGUAGUGUCUGUGAGAAGAGUUUUAGUCAAGGGUCUUCAUUACUAAGUCACAUGAGAAUUCAUACAGGUGAAAAACCUUUCAAAUGCUCUCAGUGUGACAAGACGUUUGCUUAUUCGGGUCAUUUCAAAGCUCAUCAGAGACUUCAUACUGGAGAGAAACCUCAUCACUGUAGUGUCUGUGGGAAGAGCUUCUUUAAAUUAUCUCAAUUAAGAGUUCAUCAAAGUGUUCAUACUGGAGAGAAACCUUAUCACUGUAGUCUCUGUGGGAAGAGUUUUAGUGUAAAGGAUACCUUACUAAAGCACCAGAGAGUUCAUACAGGUGAAAAACCUUUCAAAUGCUCUCAGUGUGACAAGAUGUUUACUUCUUCGUCUAACUUAAAAUCCCAUCAGAGAGUUCAUACAGGUGAAAAACCUUACAAAUGCUCUCAGUGUGACAAGAAGUUUGCUCAGUCAGGUCAUUUAAAAGUCCAUCAGAGAAGUCAUACUGGAGAGAAACCUUAUCACUGUAGUGUCUGUGGGAAGAGUUUUCAUCGACAUGACAUUUUAGUGACACACCUGAGAAUUCAUACAGGUGAAAAACCUUACAAAUGUUGUCAGUGUGACAAGACGUUUACUACUUCAUCUUCCUUAAAAGUCCAUGAGAGAGUUCAUACUGGAGAGAAACCUCAUCACUGUAGUCUCUGUGGGAAGAGUUUUAGUCUAAAGUCUACCUUACUAAGUCACAAGAGAAUUCAUACAGGUGAAAAACCUUACAAAUGCUCUCAAUGUGACAAGAUGUUUGCUCACUCAUGUCAUUUAAAAGUCCAUCAGAGACUUCAUACUGGAGAAAAACAUCAUCACUCUAGUCUAGAACGCCUCCAGCGCCACCCUGGUGUCCUAUGCCGCAUAUACCCUGGUCGGCAGAAGAUCCCCCAAAACGUUGCCUGUAGGUUUUAUUUAGAAUCGCCUGGCUUACCUGAAUUGCCAGGCUUACCUGAACCGCUUGAAUCGCCUGGCUUACCUGAACCGCCUGAAUCGCCUGGCUUACCUGAGUCGCCUGGCUUACCUGAAUCGCCUGGCUUACCUGAAUCGCCUGGCUUUCCUAUAUUGCCUGGCUUACCUGAGUCGCCUGAAUCGCCUGGCUUACCUAAGUCGCCUGAAUCGCCCGGCUUACCUGAAUCGCCUGGCUUACCUGAACCGCCUGGCUUACCUGAACCGCCUGGCUUACCCGAGUCGCCUGAAUCGCCUGGCUUACCUGAGUCGCCUGGCGUACCUGAGUGUCUGGCGUACCUGAGUCGCCUGAAUCGCCUGGCUUACCUGAAUCGCCUGGCUUUCCUAUAUUGCCUGGCUUACCUGAGUCGCCUGAAUCGCCUGGCUUACCUAAGUCGCCUGAAUCGCCCGGCUUACCUGAAUCGCCUGGCUUACCUGAACCGCCUGGCUUACCCGAGUCGCCUGAAUCGCCUGGCUUACCUGAGUCGCCUGAAUCGCCUGGCUUUCUUGAAUCGCCUGGCUUACCUGAGUCACCUGAAUCGCCUGGCUUACCUGAGUCGCCUGAACUGCCUGGCUUACCUGAGUCGCCUGAAUCGCCCGGCUUACCUGAAUCGCCUGGCCUACCUGAACCACCUGAAUCGCCUGGCUUACCUGAGUCGCCUGAAUCGCCUGGCUUACCUGAGUCGCCUGAAUCGCCCGGCUUACCUGAGUCGCCUGAAUCGCCUGGCUUACCUGAAAAUCUCUCAGCUGAAGAAAGAGGUGGCGUUACUGGAGACAAUGCUGAGGUCAAGAGGAGAUUUAGCAAUGAAUCGAGAGAGCUUACAGGAGGAUCAAACCUCCACAGAGUCUCUGGAUUCUGUCUGUAACGCUGGAGAACAGCAGCAGAUCCUGCAGACCAAACUGAAGAUGUGUUCAGUUAAACUCAUCGACUGCACAAACCUCAUGAUGAAGAUUAAAACUGAAUCCACAGAAAUCCAAGCCGAACCCACAGAAAUCCAAGCCGAACCCACAGAAAUCCAAGCCGAACCCACAGAAAUCAAAGCCGAACCCACAGAAAUCAAAGCCGAACCCACAGAAAUCAAAGCCGAACCCACAGAAAUCAAAGCCGAACCCACAGAAAUCAAAGCCGAACCCACAGAAAUCAAAGCCGAACCCACAGAAAUCAAAACCGAACCCACAGAAAUCAAAACUGAACACACAGAAGAGGAAGAUCGCACUGAGGAAGAAGAUGAUUUUAUUCCAUCAGAUGUGAAGAGUGAUUCAUGUUUGGAUAUAGAAAUAACGUCCUCAACAUCAAAAGAGCGACUGACAGCACAAACUCUUUCCUGCAUCAUCUGUGGAAAGACAUUCAGCUCACAGAGACAUUUAGAGAGACAUGAGAGAAAACACACAGAACAGAAACUCUUCAACAGAUCUGAGACCAGCUUUACUACCUCACAAGAGAAGAAACUUCAUUCAGAAGACCACAGAGAGAAGAAGAAGAAGAAGAAGAAGAAGAAGCAGUUUCACUGUGAGCAGUGUGGGAAGAUUUUUGGCUCUUCCUCUGAUCUAAAUGUCCACAUGAGGACACACAGCGGUGAAAAGCCUUUCAACUGCACUGAAUGUGGAAAAUACUUCAGAACCAAACAAAAUCUUAAAAUUCAUCAGAGAGUUCACACAGGAGAAAAACCUUACGAGUGUCCUCACUGUGAGAAGAGAUUUAGCUGUAAACAUAGUCUGAAGAGACAUGUGCUUUCACUCACCAAUGAGAGACCGUAUCAGUGCAGUGAAUGUGACAAAACCUUUAAGGAUUCAAGUUCAUUAAAAAAACAUCAGAAUACUCACAUUAAAGAGAAACUCCAUCAGUGUUCACACUGUGAUAAACGUUUCUGUCAUAAAUAUCAGCUGAUAAUACAUGAGACAUUUCACACUGGAGAAAAAACUAAUUACUGUAGUAUCUGUGAGAAGAGUUUUAAUCGACAUCAAAGUUUAGUGAUACACCUGACAGGUCAUACAGGUGAAAAACCUUACAAAUGCUCUCAGUGUGACAAGAAAUUUACCUCUUCAAGUAACUUAAAAGUCCAUCAGAGAGUUCAUACUGGAGAAAAACAUCAUCACUGUAGUGUCUGUGGGAGGAGUUUUCAUCGACAUGACAAGUUAGUGACACACCUGAGAAUUCAUACAGGUGAAAAACCUUACAAAUGCUCUCAUUGUGACAAGACGUUUGCGUCUUCAUCUUACUUAAAAGUCCAUCAGAGAGUUCACACUGGUGAGGAACCUUAUCACUGUAGUGUCUGUGGGAACAGUUUUAAUCGACAUGAAAGUUUAGUGAUACACCUGACAGGUCAUACAGGUGAAAAACCUUACAAAUGCUCUCAUUGUGACAAGACGUUUGCUUCUUCAUCUACCUUAAAAGUCCAUCAGAGAGUUCACACUGGGGAGAAACCUUAUCACUGUAGUGUCUGUGGGAAGAGCUUCUCUAGUUCAUCUCAAUUAAUAGUUCAUCGGAGAGUUCAUACUGGAGAAAAACCUUACGUCUGCGCUCACUGUGGAAAGAGCUUCUCUAGAUCAAGUAAUUUAGAAGUCCAUCAGAGAGUUCAUACUGGAGAGAAACCUCAACACUGUAGUCUCUGUGGGAAGAGUUUUAGUCAUCAGUCAAACUUACUAAGGCACCAGAGAGUUCACACUGGGGAGAAACCUUAUCACUGUAGUGUCUGUGGGAAGAGCUUCUCUAGUUCAUCUCAAUUAAUAGCUCAUCGGAGAGUUCAUACUGGAGAAAAACCUUACGUCUGUGCUCACUGUGGAAAGAGCUUCUCUAGGUCAAGUAAUUUAGAAGUCCAUCAGAGAGUUCAUACUGGAGAGAAACCUUAACACUGUAAUGUGCUUGUAUUUCCUGCUCCGGGUGGAUAGCUUUAAUAUCCGAAUGAAGAUGCAUGUUGAUAGGCACGUCAACCGCAUGCGAAGCUGCAUAGAUGGACUGACAUCUGGAAUUAGAUUAUCGUAAAAUCAGACUCCUUGUUAUAAUUUCGAAUGGCUCCCGCGGCACAAUGAUGUCACUCGCCAGCUGGUCUGUGCAGCGCUGCAUGAAGUUAAGAACAUGGGGGCCCCUUUGUGGUGCGGGCCACACGCAGCUCGCGUAGCCUGCGUAUAGGGAGGAUCGGCUCUGAUCAUCAAUUUGACUUAUGAGUAUAACUCUGCCUAACAUGGGCACUCUGGUAACUUAACAGUUGCAUUAAAGUCCAUGAAAUGUGAGAAUGAAGGUUUCAUUAUCAUCAAGUCAAGUGUUAUUUUUCUAGUUGUUCACCUCGCUUUCAGUGUCGUUGAUGCUCCUUUUGUUGUAAUUAUAUCCAAGAAGCACACAAAGAACAAUUUUCCCGUCAUCACCUCAGCUUAGACCUGCAGCAAACUUUCAGCAAAGAAGCUUAUAUUAUAGCAGUGGUUAAUGUUAUUCCUGGAGGCCCACUGCUCUUCACAUUUUGUUGUUUAAUAUAUUGUACUAUAUAAUAUGUAUACUUUUUCUCUUUUGCUUUCUGCUGUAAAUGCUGAAAUUUCUCACUUGUGAGACAAAUAAAGGCUGAUCUAAUCUAAUCUAAUUUUGUAUGUCUCUUUUAUCUGACAGACUCAGUUAAAUUCAUGGAGAGCUCUGCUAAUGAGCUGAUGAUUUGAAUCAGGUGUGUUUAAUAAGGGAGAGAUACAAAAUGUGCAGGGCAGUGGGCCUCCAGGAACAACGUUAAGAACCACUGUAUUAUAGAGAUGGCAACCUUUCAUUAGACAACAUGCACCAGUCAACUUGGCUAGCAUGUAGCGCCCCAGCCUGUCAAUGAUCAGUGAUAUAUGUUGCGGGCGUUCAGAGUGUAACGACAGCCAGUUACCGUUUACAGUUUCUUGCCAGAUUAGCAUUGCUAUGCUAAUCUUGUAGGCUUCCUUGAAGAGGGUCUUUGCUUUCAGUAUCCUAACUGUAUUUGCAUUGUCUGUAUCAGACCCUCUUAGAUCAACUGCGGAUGCCAUUUCGUGCAUUGGCAGUAAGCCUCGUCUCGCAUGGCGUUAAAAAGCCCAGGUGUGUGUUUGGCAUUGUUGUGAUCAUGGCUAGUUUAACUUUUUUUCUCCAGCUGUAUUUGUUUUUCACAGGUGCCGCACACAUGUGCAUGAUCCUGCUUAUUUUACAAUUGUUAAACUUCAUCGAUUUAAUUCUUAUUGACAAUUAAUCGAAUAUCAAUUAAUUGUUAACAUCCCUAGAACUUGGGUGGCCAUACAUGCCAUUUUCGCUGGACGUGUCCUGGACAGAAAGGAAGUCGCAUUGGCCGACCAUGUACGUCAUCAAGGUUUACUAUUUCAGGUUCUAUUUCAAAAAAGCUACCUUUACAUUUCAAGAUAAGAAUGAAACUACAGUGAUUGUAUGUCUAAAGACUCUAAAGAGAAAUAAAUUGUAAUUUUAUAAUGUAUUUACCUGAAAUGUGAGAACCUCGAUGACGUAUGCCAGUGGUGACCAACCCUGAUCCUGGAGAUCUACUGUCCUGCAGAGUUCAGCUCCAGCCCCAGUCAAACACACCUGAACCUGGCUAUCAAGCAUUUCAGGGCUAUUUAAAAAUUAGAGUCUGGUGUGUUGAAGCUGGGUUGGAACUAAAAUAUGCAGGAGGGUAGAUCUCCAGGAACAGGGUUGGUCACCCCUGACGUAUGCGAUCGACUUUCGGAGGACACCCCGAAAUCCUGUCCAGGACGCGUCCGGCGAAAAUGGCACGUAUGGCCACCCCACCUAGAACAAACAUACAAAUGAAAUGUAGCCAUGUAUUUGUAGUAAACAAAUGGGCAAUCAAUCAGCUUAACUGCAUGUUUAUUUUUCAUAAGGGAGAAUAAGUAAACCUUACUAUGAAUUUAGGUCCUAUAAAUAAAGCUUCUGACUAUAAAAUGUAGGUGGGGCAAAUUUUGAGUCAUAUCGUAGGCUGUACGACUCACCUAUGAUUAACUGCUAGUGGUGUAAGUUUUACAUUUAAAUGACUGAAGACAUGCAGAACACUGAGCAGAGGUCUAGUGCCCUUCUCUAAUUCAGCCUGAUGGGGCCUAAUGCUGAUUAUUUUGCCACAACCCUUUAAAUGCUCUAUUAAACAACCUAUUGGUCGUUUGAUUGUUGCACAUCUUUAUAUCUGGCUUGUCAGGGCAAAGAUAUUUGAUGUCAAUCUUCUCAUGGGUUAACUUGUACUCCACCUCCGCAAUUCUUACAACAGUCGUCUUAUCAGUCGUCUUAAACACUGUCACACAGAAGGCACUUUGCUUACGAGCAUUGUCUGAUAGGAGAAGUUCUAAACAGAAACUAAAAGACGUAUCAACAUUGUAAGUUGUAGUAACUGGCUGCGUCCGAAUCUAUAAUAGGCAAAAAGUAGUAUAGUAUAGCAUGUCCGAAUCCUUAGUAUAUGUAAAAGGGUAGGCAAGAAUUAGGCGUAAACAUAGUAGUAUGUUUGAAUCCUCAGUAUUCAUAAAAUGAGUAAACGAGAAAUCCCCAGAUGCCCUACUGCAUCCGCCCCGGAUUCUGAAACAAGCAUCAAUAGAUACUUUCUAUCCCUGCUUUCCCAGGAUGCAACGGGAAAGCAAAGCAAUCAUCAUAUUAAGAAUUUCCACAGCUGUGUUAAGAUGGCAGUAAAUAUGUGACAGUUUGUUAGGAAAAAUAAAUUUUGAAUAAAGUUUGGUUCCCAUACCUAUGGAGAGGUGUACAUACAAAAGUUUGGUAUAAUUUUACAGGAAACCCUUUGACAUUACAUAAAACACUGUUGAAAGUGCUAAACAUGGUUGUAUGUGUUGUCAGUCCUCUAAUAAACACAAAAAUAAACAGGCGCUUUUUGAUUUUUUUUUCUAAAGUCUCUAUUUAAAAGUGUAUAACUCUGGCCCUGAGUGGUAAUAAAACCUGCAGACAGUUUUGUUUGAUUCCAGCAAUUGUCAGCUUACAGAGGAUAAAUGAAAUUUUUUCUGUAUCAUAAUCUAUGAAAAAGUUAUUCUAUUCCAAAUUAAGGGAGGAAUAAUACUCUUUUUGUAUUCAAUUUCUGCCUAAAAAUAUUUGAAGUGUCCCCAUAACCACAUACAGUGGAAUAAAUACAAUAUCUUUUAAGCACUGCUGUUAGCUGACAAUAUAUAUUAAAUAGUUUGCUUGUUUUAAAGAUGUGUACUAAAAUGGAGUAUUGGUCAGCAUUUUUCUUUAUUUUUGUGCACAACAGUCUUCUCCAAAGUUUCCCAUAUGGUUCCCUUUUGGUUAUUUUUUGGGAACCAAAUAAGAACCUCUAGGUUAUUUUUUUAUAUACCUUCCCAGAACGUUCCCUAUAGGAUAUUUUUUGGGGUAACCUAAUGGGAACCUUCCCAGAACGUUCCCUGCAGGUUAUUUUUAGGUUUUAUUUUUAUAAGCUAAUGGGAACCUUCCCAAAACGUUCCCUGUAGGUUUUAUUUUUAUUAGGGAUGACAAAAACUAAAAAAUUUCUUGACAGACCACCAAGCCUCAUAAGCCGGUUGAAACCGGUUAACCGAUAGACCUAUUAGUUAAAAAUAUGCUACGCUAUUUGAAAUAACAGCCAUUUCG